UAUUGUUCCAAGCAUUAUAAGGUGCAAGUAAGUACACGCAUUAGACACGUUUACAUUCCUUCCCACCAAAAAAGCAUCGUUCGUAUAUCAGGCUUCCAUGACAUCUCCAGCCAAGAAAAUCAAACCCACGCACACCAGCCCGCCAACCAACUCCGAAGCCGAACCGCCAAAGCAAAAAGAUGAACAGGAAGAAGGAAACGAGAAGAAGCCCUACAUUCUCCAACUCCCAAACCACGUAACAGUCGAGAUCUUCGGCAAAAUCCCAAUCAAAGCUCUGAUACAAUGCCGCUGCGUGUGCAAGUCAUGGCGCCGAUCGCUCUCGGACCCCCAAUUCACAAAGUACCUACUUUCACAGACACCCGAUUGCCUUUUGCUCCAAAACAGCAGCACCCGAAACCCCAACACCACUGGCCUCUUCUUGGUCGACCUCGACAAACCCUCAGGCAAGAAUGACGUCGUAAUCAGGCUUCCCAAAGACCCCAAUGUCCCGAAUUUCGGUGUGCAAAUUGUGGGUUCUUGCAAUGGCUUCCUCUGCGUAUACGAUAGGCUUAACAGCGGCCGGUUUUACAUCUCCAAUCCCGUUAUUGGUGAGUCCAUAACUCUUCCAAGAUUUCCCAAGGACAUUGCUUUUCCAUUUCUUUAUGGGUUUGGGUUUAGUCCUGGCGAUGGUGUCUAUAAAUUAGUUGUGGUUGCAUCUACGAGUAACGGAUUGAAAUCUGAAUGGGAGGUAAUGGUUUUGACUGUUAGCACUGGAAGUUGGAGAAAUGUUGGGAAUUCUGUGUACCCUUUUGGGUACCAAUCGUAUGGGGUUUAUCAUGACGGUUUUCUUCAUUGGAUUGCUCGUAGCGACAAUUCUGUAUUGAUUUGUGCCUUUGAUGUUGGAAGUGAGUGUUUCCAAGAGUUGGCAUUACCGCCUUGUUCUUUGGGAAAGCGUCUUGUUAGCCUCGCAGUCCUGAGAGGCUGCCUCUCCGUAUAUGUUCUCUCGAUGAGUGAUAUCAAUGUUUGGGUGAUGAAGGAUUAUGGCGUUAAGGAAUCGUGGGUCAGAGAGCUUGUCAUGCAGCAAGUGAUUGGGUACAGAACUAGUUUUUCUGCUACUCAAUUGUUGAAAUUUACAAAGAAGGGGCAAGUGGUGUUUUUACAUAAGUAUAAAUUGAGGGAUUAUACUCCUGGAAAAAAGGGAUCUGCUGCGGUUGAAGUUGAUGGGAUACCAUCAAUGGUUGAAGCAUUUGUCCAUAUUCCAAGCUUCGUUUCUCUUAAGGAUGCCAUCAUGGAUUUGAGCUCAGAGAAAUUUACAAAGAAGGGGCAAGUGUGUUUUUAUACAAGUACAAACUGGGUUUAUACUCCUAGAAGGCUGGAAGAAAGGGCUCUGCUGGGGCUCAAAGUUGGCUUACUCUGCAUGUCUUCACAUUUCUUAGUUUCUACUGGACUGGUAGUCAGCUAUGCCAGCUAUUGAAAUGAUUAGUCGGAUUUACUGGGUUUAUGUUCUAUCGUCGAAUACGCAUUUGUGUAGUUGGGAUUUUACAGCAGAUGCUCACAAACACUGUCGGCAACGGCCUCUUCCAUUUCACUUUUAGAGAACAAGCAAAAACGCCCCUGCGAUGAUGCGGGUUUCAAGACUGUUUAAUAUUUUCCUACUUUACUGUUCUCAGGCUCAUCUUCAUCUUCAUUAUGUAGAGGUGUUUUCUCUUCUGAAUUUUUCAUUGCAAGGGUUGGCAACAGGUUUCUACAAAUUUUGAAAAAGGGAGCUGUUAGUAUGGAUGGUUUGUCGAAUUUAACUCAAAAUAGUAGAACAUAUAACCAAAGCUAAGACAGUUUAUUUAUGAUAAUCAAGGUGCAUAUAUAAUCCGCAUUUCCUUAUUUU